CUUUGGGCCGGGGCCAUGGAAGAGCAACGGGAGGCCGCAGCGAGCGGCUCUGGCCCCGACGAAGGGCGCGCCGCAGCCGCCGGCUCGGAGGCGCUCAGCGCGGGAGAGUACUCGCGCCGUGUCCACCAAUGGCUUUGGGACUCGUACUGCGGAUACCUGAGCUGGCAGAGCGGCUUGGCCGCGCUCAUGGCCGGAGCGGCGACAGCGGCGGCGACUUCGGCUUCCGGCCCGCCUCCCGGCGCCUACUACUACAGCAGCGGCAGCCCCUGCUACUACCUCCUCGCGACCCCUCCGGCGCCCUCCGCCCAGGCCAGCCCCGCGCCUGCCCGCGCGGCCUCGGCUUGGCAACCGCCGGGGGGCAGGCACGCGCCCCUCGCCCCACGGGCCGGCCCCGCCCCCGCCAGCUCCCUGCGGGACCCCGGCCGGCCGGCAGGUCGUGAAUAUAUUAUUCCAUCCUUAGCCCACAGAUUUAUGGCAGAGAUGGUGGAUUUCUUUAUUCUUUUCUUUAUCAAGGCAAUCAUCGUUUUAAGUAUUAUGCACCUUAGUGGAAUAAAGGAUAUUUCCAAGUUUGCCAUGCACUACAUUAUAGAGGAAAUAGAUGAAGACACUUCCAUGGAAGACUUGCAGAAAAUGAUGAUUGUGGCUCUUGUCUACAGAUUGCUAGUCUGCUUCUAUGAGAUUAUAUGUAUUUGGGGAGCAGGUGGAGCAACCCCUGGGAAAUUUCUGCUUGGACUUCGAGUCGUGACAUGUGAUACAUCUGUUCUUAUUGCACCAAGUCGUGUGUUAGUGAUUCCAUCCUCCAAUGUCAGCAUGACAACAUCUACAAUACGAGCUUUGAUCAAGAAUUUUUCUAUUGCUUCCUUCUUUCCUGCGUUCAUUACCCUGCUAUUUUUUCAGCAUAACCGAACAGCCUAUGAUAUUGUAGCGGGGACAAUUGUGGUAAAAAGACAUAGUGUCAGAUGAUACCGAAGGAAGCCUUGAUUCUACUGUUCAAAUGUGCGGAUGACAUCUUGAUGACAUCUUAUUGGAUUUCAGAAUCUCAACUCCAGAACAGUGCCAAUGAAGAUAUUGAACAUUUUUUUCAAGCAGUGCUGUAAACAUUGGUGGAAAAUGGCACUGGUUUAAUUUGAAAGUAUUUGAACUGUACAAGAAAACUGGUUGUCUUCAAAAGAUAUUGGCAGUUUUACAAAAAGAGUAUCUGUACUGUGUGAGAAAUGUGAAUUCUACAAGUCCUAUAUCAAAAGUAGAUUUAUUUUUUAUGAACAUCCAGACUGUUGUCAUUACUGGAGGUAACCAAAGGGAUUACAGUGUUUGUGAGGGAAACUAUACUACAAAGUUGUAUACUCCAAUUUUGGUGGACUGCUAAGGGUUUGCCACUUUAUAAAAGCCUUAUCAUGAAUUGCUCACACAAGCAUUGUAUUAUUUUAACACUCAAAAGUUUUCUGUAAACAUUGUGUUAAAUGUUUUGCAUGAUGUGGAUAUCUUGAACAUAAUACAAAUCACUGAACAUGUCAGAUACCACUGGAGGCAAGUAAUACUGGUAUUAAUAGGUAAAUAUUGGAAGCUGUGGCAAUACUAUAGAGAACUGAGAUUAUUACAAUUUUAAUCAUUGCUUUGGAUUUGAUAUCUCUUUCCACCACCACCCCCUAAGAUCGGGCAUAGAUUUUCAUAAAGACUUAAAAGAGUAUCUUGUAAAAAGCACAGAAAACUUAAAUUUGCAAAAUGUGCAAAAAUCUUUAGUUUUGUUUCAGAUAUAUUUAAUAAAAACCAAAAUAAGCUUGGUGUAAGCAAAAUAAGUUUAUGCAAAGCAUUUGGCACCAUUUUGUAACAAAAUAGUUUGGUGUUUUUUUUUAACGAACAGCCAGUUACUGUUGCUAAAGCAAUACAGGGAAUUUGUGCAACAUUUGAUAAACAAAUAUAGGUAAGGACACUUUCACUUUAUAUGGUUGUGUGCCUAGAUAACUUAAAUUAUACUUAUUGAAUAAAGCAUAUUUUGCAUGAUU